AUGCCCCGAGCAGUGCGCCAACGACCCGGAUUGGAAGAGUCAAGUGCGCCGGAUGACCUCUCUUCACGUCGAGCCAACGAAGAUGAAGAAAGGAAGUCGGAGGAACAACAUGACACACCGACUUCCUCCGCGUUUUGGCAUGCGAGUGCAAACGCCGUCGAAGCAGCGGUCGAUUUUUCGGAGCCGUCGACAUUUGAAGAAGCAGUGUCUGGCCCGGACCAAGUACACUGGCGCAAGGCAAUUGAUGCGGAGCUCGAUUCGAUGAAGCUUCGCGGUGUCUUUCGUGCGGCCAAGUUACCCAACGGACAAAGCGCCAUUGGCACAAAGUGGGUCUUCAAGAUCAAGCGCAAGGCGGAUGGGUCGAUCGAGAAAUACAAGGCACGACUUGUGGCCAAGGGUUUUCGCCAAAAGUAUGGCAUCGACUACACGGAGACGUUCUCGCCCGUGGUCAAGUAUGUGACGCUGCGAAUGGUCAUCGCCAUUACCAAGCACUUUGGAUGGCCCCUCGACCAGCUCGAUGUGGUGACUGCGUUCCUGUAUGGAGUGAUGAAGGAGAAGGUGUUUUGCGCUGUUCCGGAAGGCGUCAAGAUGGAAGCGUCGGGAUUCGAUCCAUGUCUCUACAUCAUGACUUCGGAAGGCCAUUGUGUUUUUGUGCUGGUCUACGUGGACGAUGUCUUGGUGACUGGAAGCUCGCUCGAGAUGAUUGCGCGCACCAAGAACGACCUCAAGACACGCUUCGAGAUGACGGACAGCGGCAAGUGUGCCUUUGUUCUUGGGAUCGAGUUAUUGGACGGUGAAGAUGGCAGCGUGACUAUGUGUCAGCGCCGUUAUGUCGACGAUGUCCUCAAGCGCUUUGGAAUGGAUGAGUGCAAGGCUGUGGCAAGUCCGGUGGACGUCAGCUCUCGACUGGUUCCAAGCAACUCUGCAAGCAAGGUGAAUGUCCCAUUCCGUGAAGCAGUGGGUGCUUUGAUGCAUCUGACGACUGCAACGCGACCGGACAUCGCCUAUGCUGUAAGCUUUGUGUCACGGUUCAUGGAGAAACCCCAAGAAGAACACUGGGUUGCAGUCAAGCGCAUCUUCCGCUACCUACAAGGCACCAAGAUGCAUGGAAUCUGCUACAAGCCAAGUGCGAAGAUCGACUUUCGUGGCUAUUCAGAUGCAGACUGGGCCGGUGACCUUGCUGAUCGCAAAUCGACGUCCGGCUAA